AUGGAUGAAGUUAACAUGAAAAAGAAAGAAAAUGUCGUGAGUGGAUUCAGAGCGACAGGUAUCGUUCCAUUCAAUCCUCAACAAGUGUACAAAAAAAUUCCCGAAUGUCUUCCAAAUGAGACAACUUUAUCUGUGGAUCAUUUAUUACUUGAUUAUUUAAAAGACAAUAGGAAACCUAAUGAAAUGAAAAAAGGAAGAAACAAAAAGUUAAAUGUCCAGCCAGGAAAAUCAAUGAGUACAUCAGAGCUUAAUCAAGUUGAAACAGACAACAAAAAACCAAAGAAAAAUAGAUUAGAAAAUGAAGCAAAAACUAAAGAAGACUUUGACCUGAUAACGUCUGAAGAGGGAUAUAUACUUGAUGCUAGAACACCUGAUACAAAACUUGAUGAGUUCAGUGGGAAAUUAGCCGCUACCCAAGUAAAUAUUUGUGGAAAUUUAAACGAAGAUGAUAUUUCCCACGAUGAACAUUCAAUUAAAUUUAACGAAGCAACAGUAAACCAAAUUAAGCGACGCAAGCGAUCUCUAAAAGAAAAAAACUUAAAAAAUAAAAAACCGGCAAAAAGAUGCAAGCACAUUGACUCGUAA